UUCCCGAUCGCGCAAGCAGGGGCCACUUGGUCGCCUUCCCGGCCCUGCCCGAGGGCCGCCGUCCGACCUCCGCGGGAUGGCUCAGGAGGUGAUCUACGCCGACCUGAGCCUCUCCUGGAGGACUCCUCCGGCGCAGCCAAAAGGAUCCGACGACGGGGAGCUCACCUACGAGACCAUCUCGGGGCCCAGCCCCCAGGCCGAGCAGAGCCGGAGCGGCCCGGGGCCGGAGGGAGGAGUGAAGCGGCUGCUCCUGCCCAUAGCGCUGGGGCUGGUGGGCAUUUCCCUCCUCCUCCUGGCUGCCGUUGUAGGACUUGGAGCCAAAAACUGGCAGCUUUCCCGGCAGCUGCAAGAAGCCUCCCGGGCUCACGAGGCACAAAGCCUUAGCCUGCAAGCGCAGCUGGAGGCGUCCCGGGCGGAGCUGGAGCAGCAGCAGCAAGCCAGGGAAGUCCGUCUGAACGCCACCUGGAGCACGGCUUGGAAGGACCUGUGCCCCAAGGAGUGGGUCCUCUACCAGGGGAGGUGCCUCUUUUUCUCCCGAGAAAAGAGGAAAUGGGAAGAAAGCCGGAACGAUUGCGAGUCGAAGGCGGCUCGGCUGCUCAUCCUCGAACCCCCCACGGUGCUGGAUCCUCUCCCGGGUUUUCUAUAUUCAUCCGAUUAUUGGAUCGGACUGCACAUGAUACAGUCUCAAAAAGGACAAUCCUGGGUCUGGGUUGACGGCUCAUCCUCUUCCUGGCUGCUCUCUACCUUCCAGGACUCCAGUUUACUACUACAAUUGUGCAGCCCUGGUAAAAGGCAGAUUAGAAGACAAAUCCUGCAGUUCCAGAAGUCAGUACAUCUGUGAGAAGGCAGCAAGGACAGAGCGGAAGAAACGUCGGGCCUGAGAUGGGCGGCUGCCCUUCGGCCCUUCAAGGCUGGGGCUUUCGGGGAACCCCCUGCUUUAGUCCCGGCUUGUGACACAGGAUGAUGGCCAGCUGGUGUUACAUCAAGAGGACUCCGUGCUUAGGGGAGCUUCCAGCAGAUGGGCAAAGGCUCCUGCGGGGCUCACCUUGCGAGCGAAAUGGCGCGUCUUCAGCGCUUCUCGAGGGGGAUGUCUUGAGGCAGGGUGGGCGGAUGGCCCCCUUGCUCAAGGAAUGCCCCACCCACCCCCACCACAGCCCCCAGUUUGCUUCCUGUGAUGCUUCCUGUGAACAGAGAUGUUUUCAAGUCUGGACAAGAGGGUGCCAUGCACAGGGAACGCACGCCAGCUCACGGCAGGCGGGGGCUGUCGCCUGCUCUGCAGGUUCCCUUUCUGGCCUUUCACCCAACAGCCACUGAAAGGCUGUCCCAGAAACACAUCGGGAGGCUCACUCCGACCCCCAUACCGACCCGAACGACUCCACUACGGGAGCCGAAGAAGGUCCGCUGCCUUGUGCCAGGGCUUGCAUGCCUGCUCCCCAAUGUCCCAGCCUCUGCUCUCCCUGCCCAGCCUGCCUGCCUUGUGCUCUGGACAAAGAGGAAGUGGCUGCCAGCCAGAGAUCAGGAAGGCAACCUUCUUCAGGAAGCCAUGGACAAACUUUCCAGCCACCAGGACAGGAUUGCUGGACGUAAGACUGUACAUUAUUGAAGGAAAGGAAAGAAAAGCCCAGCUUUGAAACAGAGAGAUUAUAAUUUACCAAGAGGCGACUAACUGUUUUCACUUGCCCCAUCGACCAGAGGGACAGACUCUCCUCCUAGUAUACAUCCAUUACGUAGCAUACCAAAGCCAGGCGUGUGGCCACACCAGUGUUUCUCUGCAAACAAUCCACAAACAGGAAGCCUUUAACGGAACUCUCUCUCUUCCCCUUUUACACGUAUGUCCUUUUUUGGGUCUCACAUGGCUGCCUACGACUACAUCCCAAGCCCAACCUCCCAUCGUGUUCAACGUGUCUAUGGAAGCCAAGAGUCCAGAGGGCAUUGCAAGCGCCCAGAGCAGGACAGGCGCCCUUCUUGGUAGUGACUCCCAGGCAAUGGAACUCCCUUCCACAGGGGGCGGGAGGCGCACGCGCUAGGCUGGCCUCCUCCCUCCCUCCCAUAUUUCCAUGAGCAGGAAAGAACUAUUUUACUCCGGCAGACCUUUGUCAGAUGAUUUCACACCGAGGGAGAGGCUCCAAAUGGAUUGGUGGGCUUUUGUUUUGUUUUUAAAACCAAUUUUCUCUUAAAUGGCUUUUUAAUCCAA